GUGUGUAACGAGAAUUCGCUUUUUAAAAAUUUGGCACGUUACCUAGUUAAGCGACGUGACUUUCCGCUUUGGGCUCAAGUGUUGGCUGAAGAUAAUCAACAUAGGAGACAGUUAAUUGAUCAAGUAGUUCAAACGGCUCUUUCGGAAACCCAAGAUCCAGAAGAUAUUUCAGCAACGGUGAAGGCUUUUAUGGCUGCUGAUUUACCGAAUGAAUUAAUUGAGCUGUUGGAGAAAAUAGUCCUUGACAACUCUGUCUUUUCAGAGCAUAGGAACCUUCAAAAUUUGCUUAUUCUGACAGCAAUUAAAGCAGAUCGUACACGUGUUAUGGAGUACAUCCAAAAGCUGGACAAUUACGAUGCACCAGACAUCGCCAAUAUUGCUGUUUCCAAUCAGUUAUAUGAAGAAGCAUUUGCCAUUUUCAAAAAAUUUGAUGUCAACACUGCAGCAGUCAAUGUGCUGAUUGAUAAUGUAUCCAAUUUGGAUCGCGCUUACGAAUUUGCGGAGCGUUGUAAUGAACCUGGCGUUUGGGCAUCGCUAGCAAAAGCGCAGUUGAAGGAGGGUUUAGUAAAAGAAGCUGUGGAUUCAUUCAUUAAAGCUGAUGAUCCCACUGCAUAUAUGGAAGUUGUCAACAAAUGUUCAGAAACUGGAAAUUGGGAGGAUUUGGUCCGAUAUUUGCAAAUGGCGCGAAAGAAAUCGAGAGAAUCAUACAUAGAAACAGAACUGGUCUAUGCCUAUGCAAAAACAAAUCGUCUUGCUGAUCUAGAGGAAUUCAUUUCGGGGCCUAAUCAUGCCCAAAUUCAGCAAAUAGGUGAUCGAUGUUUUGAGAGUGGAAUGUAUGAAGCAGCCAAAAUUCUUCACAACAAUAUAUCAAAUUUCGCCAAAUUGUCAGUCACACUUGUUCGACUUAACGAAUUUCAAGGUGCAGUUGAUGCUGCUCGUAAAGCAAAUUCAACGAAAACAUGGAAGCAAGUUUGUUUUGCUUGCGUUGAUAACGAAGAAUUUCGUUUGGCACAGAUGUGCGGCCUUCAUAUCGUCGUACAUGCAGAUGAGCUCGAAGAACUAAUCAAUUAUUAUCAAGAACGAGGAUACUUCGAAGAAUUGAUUGGUCUGCUAGAGGCAGCAUUGGGUUUGGAAAGAGCACAUAUGGGAAUGUUUACUGAAUUGGCAAUUCUCUACAGCAAAUAUAAGGCGGAGAAAAUGCGCGAGCAUCUUGAACUGUUCUGGAGUCGAGUUAAUAUUCCAAAAGUUUUACGUGCUGCGGAACAAGCUCACCUAUGGUCUGAACUUGUCUUUCUUUAUGAUAAAUAUGAAGAAUACGACAAUGCGGCCCAAACAAUGAUGCAACAUCCAGCGGAAGCGUGGCGAGAGCAGCACUUUAAGGAAGUGAUCACUAAGGUAGCGAACAUAGAACUGUAUUAUAAGGCAAUGCAAUUCUAUUUGGAUUAUAAGCCGAUGUUGUUGAAUGAUCUGUUACUUGUGCUAACACCACGACUUGAUCAUUCGCGAACCGUAUCAUUCUUUGCCAAGUUGAAUCAGCUGCCUCUCGUGAAGCCCUAUUUACGUCAAGUACAGACUCAAAAUAACAAGUCAGUAAAUGAAGCUUUAAAUCAAGUUCUCAUUGAUGAAGAGGAUUAUGCUGGCCUUCGCGCUUCUAUUGAUGCUUAUGAUAACUUUGAUAAUAUUUCUUUGGCGCAACAACUUGAAAAACACGAAUUGCUCGAGUUUAGACGCAUAUCUGCUUAUUUGUACAGAGGAAAUAAUAGGUGGAAGCAAAGCGUUGAGCUCUGCAAGAAAGAUAAAUUGUACAAGGAUGCAAUGGAAUAUGCUGCGGAAUCUCGACAACCUGAAAUAGCUGAAGAAUUGUUAGCUUAUUUCCUCGAAAAUAAAUUACAUGACUGCUUUGCAGCCUCACUUUACCAAAUGUAUGAUUUAUUGCACCCAGAUGUUAUACUGGAAUUAGCAUGGAAACAUAAAAUUAUGGACUUUGCGAUGCCUUAUAUGAUUCAAGUAAUGCGCGAUUAUCACAGCAGGAUUGGAAAAUUGGAAAGAGCUGAAGCAGAGAGAAAAGAGGAGGUUCAAGGAAAUCAGCAACCGAAUGGAAGCAUGAUGGAACCACAGUUAAUGUUGACGUUCCCGGGAGGUACACCAAUAGGUCCAGUUCCGCAAAUGCCUGGAACAUACGGUUCAGUAGUAUCUGGCGGUCCUUAUUGUGGUGCUGCACCAGCAACAAAUGCUUAUGGAACACCGAUGUAUCCAAGUGGUGGUUCGUAUGCUAUGUAG